AAGUUGAAUGCCUUAGACAUGUUGGGCCCACUUAUAGGGCAUCUGCUGGGGCCACUGUUGCUGGUGGGGCCCCUGCUUGUGCUAGUACAGACCCAGGUGACAACUGCCCCAGGGUCAGAGGAUUUCAACAUUACCACACAGGGUCAAGGCGGGUUCAAUGAGUCCACUGGAGCACCUGUAGAUGGCUGCUAUAUAGUCCCCUGUCAGAACGGCGCCACCUGCACCAGCUCAGGUAGCAACUACACCUGCCUGUGUCCACCCAACUUUAACGGGACCAACUGCCAGAAUAACCUAGCCAAUCUGUAUGGCUGUAAGGUUGAGCCCUGCCUGAAUGGAGGGACCUGUGAAAGUCUGGGUGAUAACCUGUUCAACUGCCACUGUGUUCCAGGUUACACUGGUGUCACCUGCGACACAAUGAUUGACCUUUGUCGCACUGCACCUUGUAGGAACACGGGAGUCUGCACCCCUGGUAUCAACGCGUAUCACUGUAACUGCACAGGCACAGGUUUUACUGGCAUGAACUGUACAGAUGAUGUCAACGAGUGCACUAAUACUUCAUUAUGUGGCGAGGGCUACAGGUGCUCCAACUACCCUGGGGGCUUUCAGUGUGAGUGUCCUGUAGGUUUCACAGGUGUCCCAUGUAAGAACUUCAAUGACUGUAGAUCUGACUCCUGUUUGAAUGGUGCCACCUGCAAUGACGGCAUCGACACGGUCACCUGCUCCUGUGUAAGGGGGUACACUGGACCCAAGUGUGAGACUGAUAUUGAUGACUGCGCCAGCUCACCUUGUCUCUCACCUGGCUCAAGGUGUAUAGAUCAGGUCGGAAGCUACCAGUGUGUGUGUAAGGAUGGGUAUUCAGGCAACCAUCCCAACUGUGUUGAUAUAGAUGAAUGCAGCCUCAACUUCUGCAAGUACAACAGCAUCUGCAACAACACCGCUGGCGGCUACACCUGCACAUGUCAGCUGGGGUACAGCGAUGUCAACUGUAGUACCAACAUUAAUGAUUGUCUGAGUAGUCCUUGCAAGUUCAAUACAAGCUGCAAGGAUGGCAUCAACAACUACACCUGUGAGUGUCCACCUGGGCUGACUGGCAGAAACUGUGAGAUAAAUAACAACGACUGCGCUAACGUCACCUGCUUCAACUCUGGAACUUGCCAGGACUUGAUUAAUGGCUUCGUGUGUAACUGUCGUCCUGGAUAUACUGGGAGAAAUUGCGAAACAAAGAUAGAUUAUUGUAACCCUAACCCAUGCAACCAAGGAUUAUGUUCAGUGGUGAACUUCUCUUACAACUGCACAUGUUUGGCUGGUUUUACAGGUGCCAACUGCAGCACUAACAUUAACGACUGCCAACCUAAUCCCUGUCAAAAUGGCGGUGAGUGUUUUGAUGGCACCAACGACUACAGCUGCAACUGCACCUGGGACUGGGCAGGCAAAAACUGCGCCCAGAAGUACAACGCCUGCUCCCUAUCCCCCUGUAAAAACGGGGGCAGCUGCUCCACCAUUGUCCCAUCACAUGACUACAACUGCUCCUGCCCCCUUGGUUUCCAGGGAAGUAACUGUGAAAUUGAUAUAGAUGAUUGUAAGAACAAUAGUUGUAAGACCUAUCAGAGAUGCUAUGAUGGGAUAAACACCUACACCUGUGAUUGUCCACCAGGGUUCACAGGCUCCAUGUGUGAAUCAGAGAUUGAUUAUUGUGCCAACUAUCCGUGUUUGAAUGGUGGGACAUGCAAAAAAGAUCGCGGCAACUACACCUGUAACUGUACACAAAUCUACAUACGGGACAAACUUUUAUCUGGCUACACUGGGGUCAACUGUGAGAUAGACAUCGACGAGUGUCAGUACACCAACUUGUGCCAGAACGGAGGAUUGUGUCGGAACGAGCCACCUGGACACUUCACCUGCUAUUGCAAGUCAGACGCCAGCACCGGCAAUUUUUUUACAGGCUCCUACUGUGAACAAUCCAGGUCCUACUGUGACAUCAGACUACCCAACCAGACGUGCCAGAACGGAGGCGUCUGCCGCAAUGAAAACCAGGGAUCUGUUUGUGACUGUGCCCCAGGCUUUGCUGGAUCUUUUUGUGAGGUGAACAUUGAUGACUGUGCUCCAAAACCUUGCCAGAACAAUGGGACAUGCAAGGAUCAAGUCAAUGGCUACACAUGUACUUGUAUUCCAGGGAUCACUGGCAGUGAUUGUGAAGUUAACAUUAAUGAUUGUGAACCCAAUCCUUGUCUUAAUGGAGGUCAAUGUCUGGACAAGCUUAACAACUACAGCUGUGACUGCUCCAACACUGGCUUCACAGGUGCAAGGUGUGAGACAAACAUUGACGACUGCAUAGGUAAACCAUGUAAGCAUGGUGGCACCUGUAUUGAUGGCAUCAAGCAACACAGCUGCAGCUGUUUUGGAGGCUACACAGGAGCUAACUGUGAGACAGACAUUCAAGAAUGCAGGACCCAGCCCUGUUGGUAUAACAGCACCUGUUAUGAGUUCUCCAAUGAGACCUUGUAUGAUAAAGGGGAUUUGAACUUUGUUAACUUUACCUAUGAGAAGGCUGCAGGAUACCUGUGUUACUGCGUACCUGGUGUUACAGGUCCAAAUUGUUCUGUUGACAUCAAUGAAUGUGACUCCAACCCAUGCUACAACAACGCCACGUGUAACAACAAGUUCAACAGCUACACCUGCACCUGCGCACCUGGCUACACAGGUGCCAACUGCAAUCAGGAAAUCAACGAAUGUGAUGUGUACAGGCCCUGUCAGAAUGGAGGAACGUGUACAGACAAAGUGGCGGAUUACUUGUGUACGUGUCAAAAAGUGGCGUACCCCGCUGCUAGCUAUGGAGGCAAGAAUUGCACAGUCCCGCUUGUUGGGUGCGUGAACAAUAUUUGUGUUCAAGGCAGCUGCAUCCCUAAACUGACCAGUGCUGGUCAGCAUGCGUAUGAUUGCCAGUGCAAGUACGGGUACACGGGGCAGUAUUGUGACACCCCCACCGGCGUCAGCUUCACACAGAACAGCUCCAUCGUUGUACCCGUCAACAACCAGAAAUUUGAUUUGUCGCUGCGCUUCCGUACGACGCUGUCAGCUGCCACUGUGCUUGUCUGUAUGACUUCAGACCCGAACUUGAACAUUAUAGUGGAGCUGUUCGCUGGCAGGCUACAAAUCAAAUACCUGAACAACCCAGUUAAAGUACUGGACACUCUGGCCCCAGUGAACAACAGUGACUACCACACACUGACCAUCACGGCCUCUGGCAACAUCACCUUCACCUUGCCUGCUGACCAGUGUAAGCUCAGUCUGACGGCCAACCAGCCCUGCGUCCACCAGCUGCUAGCCUCACACCCCACCAUCCAGUCCAUCCAGAUAGGCCCCGCCCCCGGCCUGACGUCUGGACCAGGAAGUUUUGUCGGCUGUAUGGAGGACAUUUCCGUCAACAAACGGCUGUACUACCCUGGGACAUCAGGUGAAUUUAAUGCAGUGAGUGUGGGAUGUCCAAGAACUGUACAGUGUACACAAAACACCUGCCGCAACCAUGGGUAUUGCCAGGACCUGUGGGUAGAUUUCAAAUGCUACUGUGUCAGGCCAUUUUAUGGGGACACUUGCCAGAAAGAGUACCAGGCCUACACUCUCGGCAAAGACGGAGCCAGUACCUACCUCUACUACACUUUAUUCCCCUACCCUGACAAUGUGUCCAUCACCUUCUUCCUAACAACACGGCAAGAAACUGGAUUUGUUUUAUAUGCUACCAAUGGUGCAAUGAAGGGCACACCAAAAGAAGGUUUUUUGGUCCUCUAUCUAAAGCAGGGACAGCUUUAUGGAGAUUUAAAUCGCUGCUCGGUUUCCAGGCAAAUUCAACCGUCUGUUGCAAAACCAGUUAAUGAUGGUCAGCGACAUUACGUGGAGUCAUAUUUUCGUAAUAAUAAUUACGCUCUUUAUGUGGAUUCGGUGUUGGUGUAUUCAGCAAGCAACAUAGACCAAAAAUGUGACUCAAGCUUUAAGUUUAGCUUGCAGUAUAUUACCUUUGGACUUUUCUAUCGGCCUCCUCAAAAUCGCAAACGUAGAGAUGUCUAUUUAUAUGAGGACUCCGAGGUUUUAAUUAGGUCCAAACGUCAAGAUAGCAACCAAGCCAAUUUUUACCUGUCCAUGCCUGGCCUAGAAGGUGUCAUCCAGGAUGUUGUGUACAACAACGAACCAGUGGUGACUGCAGACCAGUUUAACGCAACCAACACCAGCGAGUCUACAAGGAAAGUUUGUACCAGCUCCACGUGUGAACAUGACGGUGUUUGUAAUGAGGUUUUCUUCAAUGACUUUGUGUGUAACUGUACAAGAGGCUACGCAGGUAAAAACUGCAGUGAGCCAGAUUUUUGUUCAUACGCCACCUGCCCUGACAGGUCACGCUGUGUCAACCUGCAGCUUGGAUACGAGUGUGUCAGUACCGCGUCAUUCCUGACAGACAACAGCGCAGUGAGCUACAGCCUGUACGGGUCGAUGCCCUCCCCAGUCCUGACCUUCAGGUUCCGCAGCAGGGCCCUGUACGGCAUCAUCUACCUCCUGCAGCUUGACCAGUACUUCAUCAAACUACGCCUGGCGCGCGGUCGGCUUGAAAUUAAUUCCAAACUAUCUGAAGCCUUCUCCGAAACGGCCACCACAAACCAGCAGCUUGCGGUGAAUGAUGGGAAAUGGUACCACGUCAGGUUUGAGGUGGUCAACUCGACCUUCCUGCGCCUGCAGGUCUUCCAGGACGACGGCGGUAACCGUGGAAACAUCUAUGACGACACAGGAAACCGACCAAUCAACGGAUCUUCUGUUGAGAUGGAUGAAAUGCUAACCAGGGGAAAAAUAACUCUUGCGAACUCCAACCUCGCUAAGUACUCCAAAAGGUGGGAGGUUAACUUCCAUGGAUGUUUAGAGGAGGUCAGAAUGGGCGGGGUGUUGAUGCCGUUCUUCCCUGACGGUGUAUUCAUCAACAACACCGCCCCAGUCAGGUACCUGGCCACUCCUGUAGACCUUGUCCACCACUGCACUGGGAAAGACGUGUGUCCGUCUGUCAGGUGUCUGAACGGGGGCACCUGCAGGGACGAGUGGAACGCGUUUCACUGUGACUGUGCGGCAGGUUUUGAGGGGGGUUACUGUGAGGUCAACCCGGAUGAUUGCGCCACCAAGGGCUGCCUGCAUGGAGGUCGAUGUCUGGAUGGGGCUGGAACCGCUACCUGUGACUGUCUCCGUGGUUACAGUGGUGACAGAUGCCAGACAGCCCUCGACCUGUGUAGUGGGACGACAGACUGUCAAAACAAUGGGACGUGUGUCAACCGUGGCUAUGACACGACCUGCAACUGUAGCGGCACCAACUACACAGGGUGGUACUGUAAUGUCACUGUAAAUCAGGGCUGUAGUGACAACUUGUGUUUGAAUGGAGGAACCUGUGCCAGUGACUUGAAUGGCUACUUCACCUGUACCUGUCCUAGAGGGUAUGAGGGUCCACUGUGUGAGAGGCUGAUUGACUACUGUCACAAGGAUGGCUACAUGUGUGCUAACAAUGGCACCUGCACAAACACGCCAGGCAGUUACAUCUGUACCUGUGAUAAUUCUACAGGGUAUACAGGGGUCAACUGUACUGACAGGGUCACCAGCUGCCCACAAGGCACCUGUUCUAAUGGACAAUGUUUUUACGGCAGCAAUAAUUACACCUGUGUUUGUAAUAAUGGUUAUGAGGGCCUGACCUGCAGCUCUGUCUACGACGUAUGUGUCAACCAGUCAUCAUGCCAGCGGGGGGUGUGUUCUGUCAGUGGCUGCAACUGUACGGGUACUGGGUUCACAGGGCCUGGCUGUGAUGUGGCGGUGGAUGAGUGUACAAACAGCACACCUGCCUGUAAACAUGGGGGGAACUGCACAGAUGCGGAGUAUGGGUUUACAUGUGCCUGUACCAUGGGUUACAGAGGUGACACCUGUGAAAUACCAGACUGUAACCUGACAAAGUGUUACAAUAAUGGCAUGUGUAAAACUAAUGCUACAGAGUGGAGUUGUGACUGCCCAAAGUUUGUUGAAGGUGAGCAGUGCGAGAGUGUAGGCCUAUGUUACGACCAGCCAUGCAGUCAGACAAACUCCUACAACUGCACCCAGCAAAUACAGAACAACACCUACCAGUGCCACUGCAAACCAGGCUGGACUGGCAACAACUGCACAGAGGACAUUGAUGAGUGUACGGCCGGCUUGUUAAAUUGUGUACACGGCCAGUGUGUCAACACACCUGGGAGUGCGUACUGUAACUGUACCCCAGGCUAUGAGGGCAAGUUGUGUGAUGUUGACAUUAACGAGUGCCAAUCAAACCCCUGUCAGCAUGGAGGUAUCUGCGUUGAUGGGGUCAAUAAUUACACCUGCCAGUGUGGUCAUUCAGGUUUUGCUGGUCCAAAUUGCGCUGAUGAUAUUGAUGAAUGUGCCUUGAAUGCCUCCAUAUGUAACCAUGGUAACUGCACCAACGAAGUAGGAAACUUCAGCUGUGUCUGUGAUAAAGAGUACCUGGCGCCAGACUGCCUGCGCCUGGAUCCCUGCUUCAAUUUCACCUGCCUAAAUGGUGGCACCUGCACGAUUAACGAGUCAAACAUGGCAGUCUGUGCCUGCAGCGGCAGCUUCCAGGGGGUCACUUGUGAGAAGAGCCCAAGUUCAGCCAAAGAUACAGAUCUGGGGGUCAUCAUUGGACCUAUUAUUGGGGGCAUCGUGUUCGUCAUUAUAGUUAUUGUGGUGAUAGCCUUCAUCAUGACGGCCAGGUCUAAGCGAGCCACCAGGGGUGCUUACAGUCCCAGCCAGCAGGAAACUUCUGGAUCGAGGGUUGAGCUGGGAAAUGUGUUGAAGAAACCACCUGAGGAGCGGCUCAUUUAG